AUGGAUUACGCAAACAAAGGUGAUUUAAGAGGAAACUUAACAAGAAUAAUUGAAAGUGGUUGGAAACAAAAAUUAAAUAUGUUGUAUAGUAUUAUUUCUGGACUUAACACUGUACAUAAACAAAAUCUUAUUCAUUGUGAUUUUCAUGAUGGCAAUAUUUUAAAUCAUGAUGAGAGUAAAAUUUAUGUUAGUGAUUUAGGAUUAUGUCGACCUGUAAAAUCAUUUUUGAAAAAAUAUGAUAUUUAUGGUGUUGUACCAUUUAUGGCACCUGAAGUUUCAAGAGGCAAAGCUUAUACACCAGCUAGUGAUAUAUACAGUUUUUCUAUGAUUAUGUGGGAAUUUUCAUCUGGAAUAUCCCCAUUUAAUAAUAGAGCACAUGAUAUUCAACUUAGUUUAAGUAUUUGUAGAGGUGAACGUCCUGAAGUUAUUGAAAAUACUCCACAAUUCUAUGUAGAUUUGAUGAAAAAAUGUUGGGAUGAAGAUUCAUUAAAAAGGCCAUCUUCUGAGGAAGUUUUAAACAUUAUUGAAUGAAGAAUUAAAAUGCAAUGUUAUGGAAUUUAUAAAUGCACCAAUUAGACAUAACAAUCCUGCUACUGAACCUCA